AUGCGGCGCGUCGCGUCGCGCGUCCUCGCUCGCGCGUGGACGCCCGCGGCGCCCGCGUCCUCGUGGAGGACGCGCGGGGUGGCUCCGAUAGACGCCGACGCGCGAUCGACCUCCACCUCCACCUCCACCUCCACCUCGACCGCGACCGCGGCGUCCGCGAGCGUCUCCGAGGACGACCAGCAGCGCCUGUUCGAGCACUACGCCUCUGGUCUGCGCGCCAUCCUCGCCGCGUCGGACGUCCCCGACCUCGAGAAGACCGCGCGCGUGCGCGAUCUCGUGAAGCUCCGCGACGCGAUGCCCGUGAAGCUGACGCACAAAUUUUGGAGCGCGCAGUUCCUCGCGAUGGCGUUCGGUCACGAGCUCGGAUUCGCCGCCGCGCACCCGCCGGCGCUUCGCGCCAUCUUCAACCUCGGCGUCGCCGCCGCCGAACGCGGACUCGUGCCGUACCAGGCGAUUCGAAGCGCGCACGCGCAGCUGCGGCAGCUCGGCGUGUUGACGUGCGACCGCGUCGAUCCGCCGCCGGCGGACGCCUCCGCCGCCGCCGCGCCGCCGCCGAGCGCGUGGGAGCUCUUCGCGUCGCCGCGGCUGCGCGCGUCGGUAACCGCCGCAGCGGCGGCGUUACGAAACGAAAGCGACGGCGGCAUCGCCGUGAUCGACGACGCGCUCGGACCGAGGCUCGCGGCCGCGGUGUCGCGCGCGCUGCGUCGGCACGCGAGCGAGCGACGGGACGACUUCGUCGCGGGCGCGUUGGACCGCACCGGGCGGUCGGACGUCUCCGCGCGCGGCGACGUCGUGUGCUGGCUCGCGGGGGACGAGGGCCUUGACGACGACGACGACGCCGAUGAAGGUGGUGACUCAUGCUCAAAAAAAGUGUUGGCGUCGCCGCCGCCGGAGAUUCGACCCGGUGACGUCGCGCAGCUCGUGCGAUCGUGCGUCUCCGACCACCUGAUCAACGCGUUGCCUAAAAACGCGUUGCUGCCGUCGGACGCGUACGUCGCCAACGCGAUGCUCAGCGUGUACGCGCCCGGCGCGCCCGGGUUCGUGAAGCACCUGGACAACUGCGGCGCCGCGGACCCGCGGCGGAUCACCGCGGUGUAUUACCCGAACCCGAACCCGAACGAGGAAGGGAAAAGCGCGCGGGGCGUGGACGACGGCGGCGAGUUGGUCGCGUUUCCGAGCGACGCGUCGCGACGGCGGUCCAUCGCGCCCGUCGGGGACCGGCUCGUGAUGUUCUACAGCGACGAGGUCGAGCACGAGGUGCGAGGGGUGAGGGAGGGCGUCGACGGCGAGCGGCUCGCGCUGUCGUUUUGGUUCUUGAAGCCGACGGGGUUCGACCCGAGCGCGAUGCGAAGCGCGUGACGAGGGCGAGGUUUGAGAUUAUUACGUUACCCUGUAGUAUUUUAUUCGCUCUCGUCGAUCGUUAUUA